AUGAAAUCAUCUGAUCUAAUGGAAAUUGAGUUGUCGGUGGGAACGGAUGCGAAUGGGAACGCUGGCUAUGUUGGUGUUGGAUUUUCGCUAGAUGAUAUGAUGGGAUCCAAGUAUUUCAUCAACGCAACAACGUCACUAACAGACGGAAAGAUCUACUGCUCAGCGGUAGUGAAUAUCACGGGAGCCGUGAAUGAUGGUCGCAUGAGUUUCGACGCGGGUGCCCUAUAUUAUUUGCUUAUGGCAAAUGGUCCCACUUCUGCCAAUGGACUUCUUCAUCAUGUACACGAUGUCACCUCUGCAAAACCUAUGAACCUUUCAAACGUAGUUCCUAGCUUUGACACGGAUUCAUGCGGAAUAUUAAAAGGAUGUUUCCUCGCUCCCAACUCUGACAAGACACCUAGUGGAGUUGCAGUUUCUUACCACGUCGGCAAUGACUCCUUUAUCUACUUCGAGCUAGUGGCUCCAACUACAUCAAAGUAUGGAACUUUUGUGGCUGUCACAUUUUCCUUCGAUGGUUCCAUGAGCAUCCGCGACUCGUACUUUCUCUAUGAAUCAGCAGUAUUCCAAGAUGGUCAGAUCUAUUGCAAAGCUUUGGUAAAUGUUCAAGGAUCACCAGUAAGCAAUGAGAUAUUCGCCUACACAACGAACCCUUACGUUCUUGUGCUGACUACGGGGAAUACUGAUGAAAACGGUUUGCUUCCACCAACAUCUACCUACACAGCUGCGCUUGCCGCACCAUUAUACCUCAACGAGGCAAAUUUCGAUAAUAGCGCAUGUAAUGUAGAAAAAAGCUGUGUUCUUCCCGACGAAUGCUACCGAGGAUGUAACGGGAUGGGUUUAUCUUAUAAGAUCCUUCCAAACUCUAUGAUGAAAGUUGAGCUAUUCUCCGUCCUCACCGCUAGCAAUCAGUAUGUCGCAGUAGGAUUUUCGGAGGAUAAUAAAAUGGGGAACGACCACGUAAUCGAAUGCUCUGCUCUCUCAAACCAAAAAUUCUCAAUGAAAUUUUCCUAUAAUAACGACGUUCCUGAAAAUGUGCGUAUUUCUGGUGAAGAGAGCAUAGAAUCAGCAUAUUUCACCGAUAGCAAAAUCGUCACCGUCGAUGGAGAACUGUACUGUUCAGCUAUCGUGAAUGUAUCUGGAUGGGCAAUGAGUGACAAGGUAUUCACCUACAAUCCUACAAAGGCAUACUAUCUUCUGCUUGCUAGCGGCUUCACUGACGAAGAUGGACUGUGA